GGGAUUUGCACGGCAGGCGGUUUUUCGGAAUUCCCCGAAAUUCCGAAUUGCAUUUAUUUGUUUUGAAAGUUUUAGUUUACAAAUGAUUGAAUGAAAACAAAGUUUUAGAUUGCUGUAUAUAUAAAAUACAGAAUGUCUGAAGGGGACUUUAAAAUGUUCUGCAUCAGAACAGAUGGCAGCUCUGGUAAAAAUGGUGCCACUAAAGCUAUGUUUGAUGCAUAUGCAAAUCUUGAAAAAGAAGGAUUUAAACCACAGUGGAUGUUUGAAAGUGAUUGUUUAAAAGUUGAAAAGAAAGAAAAGAAUUGUGCUUACUUAUUUGACCACUUUUUAGGAGAAGGUUUUAACCAUGUCCAGAGUCUCAAGUGCAGAAUAUUUGGUCCCCAGUGCAUAUUAUCAUCCUUAGAACACAAGCUGGAUAUUCCACGAAGAUCUACUCCAAUUUUCAACUUAGCCAUGAAAGACCUGGUUGUUUGCUGCUCAAACCUAGAUAAGGAGAUUAGGGAAGAACUACAUAAGAAAGUUGAAAUGAUGGGUGGCGAGGCCAGUAAAACCCUAACUGACCAAGUUACUCACCUUGUCACAGGAGAAGUUGGCAGCAAAAAGUACCAGGUUUCUGGUGACCUUGGAAAACAGAUUAUGUUACCAUUAUGGGUGGAAAAGGUUUGGGAGAAAUCAGCAGAUGGACACAUCCAUGGUGCUGAUGUCCUGUUUAAUGAAUAUUCAUGUCCUGUAUUCUAUGGAUUGGUUAUAACAGUUUCUGGGUUUGAUUCAACAGAACGAGGAGAAAUGAAGACCAUGAUAGAAGCUGAGGGUGGCAAAUAUACAGGUGAAAUGAAGGUCAAGGAGUGUACUCAUCUCAUCAUCAAUAAACCUAAAGGUCAGAAGUAUGAGUUUGCUAGGAAAUGGAAGAUGCACAUUAUCAAGUCUGAAUGGUUGUAUGAUUCUGUAGAGAAAGGUUACUGUCUUGAUGAGAGUAAAUAUGGAUUAGAAGGCAGAGAUUCAGGAGUGAAGACAUCUACACCAGAGAAGGGGAAAGCAAAAAAUAGAGUUUCCAGUAUUGCUGACAUCAGCAGUAUCUCUAACAUCUCCAUGAUAGGUAACUGUCAGGUAAAUGAGACUGCUGCCAUGACAAGAAUGAACGAUACAGCUGCUACAACCAGAUCUGACAUGACUACAUUCAGUGAGACACAGGUUCAAAAGAAUGAUCAUAUUGAAUCAUCACUACAAACCAUAGAUCUAUCUCGUCCACCUUCAGAUCUUUUCCUUGAUGGUUGUAAGAUUUACUUGAGUGGUUUUUGUGGACAAGACCUUGAAAAAAUGAAGAAAGUGAUAAAUGCUGGUGGUGCUACAAGACUUAACCAGUUAAAUGAAGCUGUCACUCACGUCAUACUGGGAGUAAGAAUUGACAGAGAUAUCGAAUUACUAACUUCAAACACUGUCAGACCACAGGUUGUUUCCCCAGCCUGGCUAGCAGAAUGUUACCGUAAUGGUAGAACAGUGGAUGAAGCACCAUUCUCAUGUCUAGAUAUACCUCAACCUGAAUCAGAAUCUCCAAAGUUAACAGUCAAACAGAAGAAACUUGAAAGAAAAGAGAGUAUCCAAAACAAAACUUUAGAACCAGAAAACAUAAAACCUGAUGAGGAUGAUCACAAGGAAGAAGAAGAAAUGGAUAUCAUGUCACAGUAUCUUAUACAACCAAAAGAAGAUAAUACACAGGAUAAAACCAUGAAAGAUGAAGAUAAACCUACAGCUAUAGAACAAAGACCUGUAGAAACAGAGGCAGAUGAAAUGACUCAAAAUCCUGAUGGUGACAGUCAGAUACAGAAAAAGGUGUUUACAGGAAAAUCAUUUAUGUUUUUUGGAUUUGAGGAAGAGCAGCAUACACCAUUAACAGAAUUUGUAAAUGAGGAAGGAGGAAAAGUUUAUCAGGGUAACACUAGACUGGUACCAGAUUAUGGUGUUGUUCCUGUAGAUGGAUUUCCUGUGGACAAAACAGUUGGAGAAAUAGCAACCAGUACUUGGCUGCAAAUGUGUGCAGAAUCUGACACACUUUUACCAGUGAGUAGUAAUCCACUAUUUUCUCCCGUGGAUAUCAAUAUUGAAGACAAUCCACUGGUGGACUGUAUUUUAUCAUUCAGUGGUUGGUUUGGAACAGAAAAAGAAUGUCUGAUGCAUAUUGCCCAGUGUAUAGGUGCUCAAACACAGGAAUAUUUUGUGAGAAAUGCCAAAAAAGGGCUUUUGCCUACAACUCAUUUGAUAACCAAGGAGGCUUCUGGUCAAAAGUACACUGCUGCUAAAAACUGGGGGAUACCAGCAUUAUCUAAAACGUGGAUUUUAGCAUGUGCCAAAUCUGGAAAACCAGAGCCUUUAGAAAAGUAUCUUAUUGAUAACCAACAAAAUGUUAUGGAGGAGAAUGAAUCAGAACUGAGUAAAACUGCUACAACUGCAGUUUUGAAUGAUAGAAAUGAAUCUCUUAAACAAGAUAUCUCAAUGAAGGGAGAUAACAAAGCCAUAAAAAUUGACAAUUAUGAACAAGGGGUCCAAGCAAAUAACUCAAAGCGUGAUUCUAUGACAAAUUCUAACCAAAAAGACAUUUCUAAACGUGGAAGUGGUAAUCUUUCUGUUGGCAUGGAAACAAUGGAGGCCAUGGAAGGUUUUAAUUCUGAGAUGACAAUAGACGGUGCAUUACCUGCUGACAAGAGUAAAGAGAAUAUUAGAGAUGAAGAAAAUUUAGAUACAACCUCAACAAAUAAUCCUAAACCUUUUCAAGAAAGUCAGAAAGAAAAUGUACAUCAGAAAAAAGAACCUAUUCCUGUUCAACCAAAAGUUGUAAAUCAGAGAGUAAAGGCCUUACAAAAUGAUGAUUUUGAGACCACACCAAAGAAUUCUUCUAAAAGAGCCAGCAUCAGUUCUCCUUCACCUGGGAGAUUCCUGGAUCCCACAAAAGAAUUCAGACCAAAAUGGGAUCUCACGGAUGUUUGGAAGUGUUUAGAGACUCCACCAGCAGAAAAAGCCAGAAAUGCCAAAAGAAGACAAAGCCAGCCCUUAGAGGAACUUUUCACCAUCAAGUUACAGAGAGCAGUAGAAAUAUCUGAGGGAGCUACAACUGCUACAAGGGGUUCAGAUGAAGUAGAUGGCUCUGGUAUGGAUGGACUCUCUCAACAAGAGGCCGGACCAUUGAAGGGAGUAGUGAUAGCAGUGAGUAAGAAGCUGAGUUCCCACCAGGCAGAGUACAACAAUAUGGUAUCAUUACUGGGAGGAGAUUAUAGAUGGGCCUAUGAUGAAUCAUGUACACAUUUUAUAUUCCAGAGCACUAGAGCAAAUGAUACCACUAAAGAGUUCAGAGUUGCAAGGGACCAAAAGAAAAUUAUUGUUUCAUCUCAUUGGCUGUUAAUGUGUAAAGAACAGAACGCCUGGGUAGAUGAGUCAUUGUUUCCACAUAACUACAAUCCAAAUCUUACACUGUCUGUGUCAAGAAAAAAGACUGGAACCCCAGCAAGAACACCUGCUAGAAGUAGCAGAAAAGCAACCAGGGCAACACGGUUAGAAUCAGCAAGUGACCUGAAACCAGAAAUAUUGACCUUUGACCAGGAAGUAGAAAAAACAUUAAAAAAGCCAGUACAAAAAGUAAUGGAAUCGGACAAGGAAACAGUUAGUGAAAGUGACACAGAUAAUGAAAUAAGGUCAAGGUUAGGUCAAGGACAAACAGACACUGAUACUGAAAUAAGGUCAAGGCUAGGGAAUGUAGUGGAGGUUCCGGAAGAAAUAACAAAGGGUGGAAGAAGGAAUAGGAAAAGUAGUAUAAAUUCCAUUGAUGAAGAUCGAGGGAAAGAGGAUGCUGUGCCAGCAGCAGGGUCCAUGGAAAUGAGGGAAGUUCUAUCAAAGGAGAUGGAAAGUAUUAUGGCAGCAUCAAAAACUAAAAAAGCAAUGAGGAGAAGGAGUAAAAGAUUAAAUUGUAGUGGUAAUUUGUCCGGUGAUCUGUCAGGUAGUGCUGAUAAAAAUAGUUCUAGACAAAACAGAUGGAGUUUAACUGACGAUAAAGUUGAAAAGAAGACUCCAACAAGCUCAGGGAAAGCGUUAGAAAAUCACUCAGGACCGGAGCCUUCACAGAGUGUGCAGGUCACAUGGGAUGAUCAUACUGGAAGACUAGAACAAGAAAAGUUAGCUCACAAACUUGAACGAGCGUGUAGCCCUACCCAGGAUGUAGCUGAGUUCCUGGACGGGGAGUUCUCUGAGGAGGAAGAAGACAUAGAUUAUGAGGAAGGGUUACACGAACCUGAAGCUGAAGUUCCUCAAGAAAAACCAAAAGAGGAAAGAGUUCCAACUCCGGAGGGUCCAUCUCUAGCAUUCCACAAGUCAAGAAAAGAAGAGAAUAGAAUUCCCUCUCCAGAACCUGAAGAGGAACCAGUCCAGAAACCACCCCCUGUGUUCAUUAUGUCUGGCAUGGAACCAGCUGAAAAAGAUAAUUAUGGUGCUUUAGUAGAACAGCUUGGAGGGAAGAUAUUAGAAUCUCUACACUUUGAUUGUUCCUGUACACAUCUAGUCAUAGGUAAACCUACAAGAAAUGAGAAGUUUUUAGCAAGUGUAGCAUCAGGGAAAUGGGUUCUACACAAAUCAUACUUUGAAGCUUGUCGUCAGGAGAGACAAUUUGUUCAGGAAGAUUUUUAUGAAUGGGGAGGUGAUGGAACACAAAGUUUGCUCAAUCAACAAACAGCUAAACUGGCAGCUGCUGCAUACAGGUGGAGGAUCAAAGUCCAAAAUACGCUACAGUCAACUAACCAAUGUAUAGGUGCAUUUGAUGGUUGGACAGUGCUACUGAAUUGUGAUAAGGUUAAAGAUGACAAUUUUAAAAGAUUGCUAGAGGCUGGAGGUGCUACUGUACUACAAAAUAAACCCCCAUAUGAAGAAAAUAUAUCUGCUUCACAUGCAUUCCUUGACCUCAGCAAAAAGCCUUUACAACCUUCUGACAUACAGGUUCUAUUGGGUAACAAUAUACUAUGUCUGAAGCCAGAAUUUAUAGCAGCUCAUCUAACUGACAAUCCUCCACCGAACCCACUAGAUUACUGUCCACCAGAUAUAUCAGGGUUUGUUUCUGUACCAUCAGGUUCAGAUAGGAACAAAAGAAAAGCAUUAUCUCUUUCUUCAACAUCAGACAGUGAAAAUAAAAGCAAACGCACAAGGAAAAGAUAGCAUUUAGUUUCAUUGUUCUCUGUAAAUUAAAAACCUGUAUUUAAUGAAUGAUCUGUACUAUUAAAUUUUUAUUGAAUUCUUUAUCUAAGUGCUAUCAAAGAAGAAGCAUUUUAUAAUGGAAAUAAAAAGUUGUUAAACUUCAAA